AUGUUAAUUAAUUUGCUUAACAGAUCUGAUUUCUGUAAUUUUGCGGAGCUUUGCUUUUGGGAAUUUGGCGAUCGAGUGAAGCAUUGGAUCACAUUAAACGAGCCAUCGAUAUUCUGUAUUGGCGGAUAUGUCAAUGGUACCUUGGCUCCAGGUCGAGGCGCUUCUUCACCCGAGCCUGUAAAGAGUCUCCAUUCAUUUUUACGCAAUGCUCCCCAUCAUCACGAAAGUUGCUCCGAUGGAGAUCCAAGAAGAGAACCAUAUAUUGUAGCACAUAAUCUGAUUUUUGCUCAUGCAACAGCGGCAAGUCAAAAGGGUAUGAUUGGCAUGACACUUAAUUCACAUUGGUAUGAGCCUCUUUGCGAAACUAGUAAGGAGGGCCAACACGCUGCAAAUCGUGCUCUUGAUUUCAUGCUUGGAUGUAAGGAGGACCAACACGCUGCAAAUCGUGCUCUUGAUUUCAUGCUUGGAUGGUUUUUAAGACCCUUAACAAGUGGUAGCUAUCCGGAUGCGAUGAUAAGUAAUGUUCGAGGCCGUCUUCGACACUUUAAUGAAGACGAAAAGGAGUUGGUAAAAAGAUCAUUUGAUUUCGUUGGAUUAAAUUACUAUACUGCCAAUUAUGCAACUCCAGCUCCACAUCAUUGUGGAAAGUUGAGUUAUGCUACAGAUUCUCAUGUUGAGCUUAAAACUGAGAGGAAUGGAGUUCCCAUUGGUGAACAGGCUGGUUCAAGUUGGCUCUAUAUUUAUCCGAAAGGGAUUAAACAGCUUUUGAAUCAUAUAAAGGAAAAUUAUGGUGAUCCAACCAUUUAUAUUACGGAGAACGGGGUUAGUGAGAUGAAUGAUUACAAAUUAACAAUUCUUGAAGCUCGUGAUGACAAGAUUAGAAGAGAUUAUCAUGAUAGUCAUCUUCGUUUCGUUCGAGACGCAAUCAACGAGGGUGCGAAUGUGAAAGAAUAUUUUGUAUGGACUUUCCUAGAUGUUUUGGAAUGGAAUGUGGGUCACAUUGUUCAUUUUGGUAUGAUCCAUGUAGAUUACAAGAAUGGGUUGAAAAGAUAUCCAAAAAGCUCAGCAAUAUGGUUCAAGAAUCUUCUCAUAAAAGAUGGUAGUGAAAAGUCUCUUAAAGACAAUGGCCCUAAAGAUUCAACAAAUACUCUCAAGUAG